AAAGGAAUACAAUAUUACCAACACGAAAGAUACAAUUUGCGAUGUAUAAUGUAUAUAACAUACGUAUAUAUGAAUCUCGAACGUUAAAUGGCGGGAACAUUUUCGAGUUCUCUCGUCCGUUACAGCAAAUUUAUUUCUUAUUUUGAUUGAAAUAUUAUUUUUUCUAAUUAUACAAAAUAAAUUUAUCAAUUAAAUCAUGAAGUGCGUCAUACCUGGGGGAAAUGUCAAAAUUUUAGCUAAAGCUAUCCAUGCCCUAGCAAAGAUUGGUGAUGAAAUGUAUUUACAAUCGCAAUCAAAUAAUUUAUCCUUUCGUGCAGUUAACAUGGCCAGUUCUGCUUACGCUCAUUUUACAUUUUAUGAAAAUUAUUUCUCCUAUUAUGAUAUUGAUGAUCUUGAAGAAGACGAAGCUCUGAAAUGUAAAAUUUCUAUGAGGAGUGCUAUGACCGUUUUUAAAACUCCAAAUGUAAUAGAUAAACAAGUAGAAACUUGUCAUAUUGAGUUAAAGCCAAAUGCAGAUUUUCUUUUUAUUACCUUAAAUUAUAAAAAUAGCAUCAUAAAAAGACACAUUUUACCUAUCAUAGAUGGUGAGACAAUGCAAGCUAAAUAUGUAAUAGACGGUGCCGCUAACCAGUUAUCCGCACAAUCUACUGUAUUUGUAGAUGCUAUACAAAAUUUUCAACAAAAUUUAAUCGAAAUAACUUUGGAAAUACUUCAGCAAAAAGUUUUGCUUAGAAAUUAUGCAGAAGAUACAUCUAGUAUAACUAACAUAACAAGGACACAAUUGGUAUUAUUUAGAGGUGAAUUUGAUAAAUAUUCAGUUAAUACAGAGACAGUUAUUACAUUUUGUAUGAAAGAAUUAAAAGCAAUUCUUAAUUUUGCUGAAUUGGUUAAAUUACCAAUUAAUAUAUAUUUAGAAACUGCAGGAAGACCUGUUGUGUUUGUGAUCAAAAAUUCAACAUUUGAAGCAAAUUUGGUAUUGUCUACUUUAAAUCCUGAUGUAAAUAGCCAAUCUGAAACAAUUGUUACUAGUAAAUCAGUCAAAUCUGUACAAAAAAAGAGUACAGUUAAAAGAUCGAAAAAACGAUCAAAUAAAUCUUCAAGUAGAAAAAAUAAUGCAUCCAUUUCACCAGAAAAAGAAACAAGUUGCAUAGAAAUAGGACGGGAAGCGAAAGACAAUGAUAUCCAUGCAUUACCAAAAGAAUAUAAUCAAAAUGAUAUUCCAGCAAAUGUGAGUGUAUCGACUACGGGAAAUAUGUUCGCAAACCCGAGUGCAUCUAGUAGCGAUGAUAAGAAAUCAGUGUGUAGUGUAUUUUCAAACGUAUUGAAAAGAAAGUCUAGCGAAAGUGAUACAAUAGAAGUGUUCAAAAAUGAGAAUGUCAUUAAAAAAGAUGAUGACAAUGACAUUACAAAUAUUUUCCCUAGAUCACCAUCACCUCCAUCUAAGAAAGCACGCUUUAUCUUUAAAAGAUGUUUUCAAACAACAUUUGAUCUGAGUAUGCUUCCUGGUCACGAUGUAAUCUUAGUUGAAGAUUCAGAUGAAAAUAGUGAAUAAAUCUAUUAUUUAUUUCAAAUAUUUACUUACAAAUUAUUAUUUCAUUAUUGAUAUAAUUAAAUUGUUUCUAUAAUUUAGUCUUAGUCUUUCUCAGUGGACAAUACACUAGGAAACAACACAUUAUUACUCUCCUUAUAUUAUUCGUACGUAAGGACUUCUUUUCCUGAUGUGCCAUAUAUAGUAUUAU